AUGGAAGCGGCAGCAAGGGAGGGAGCAGCGGCGGUGGCGGCGGCAGCGGCGGCGGGUUCGAAGGGCGGGCUGGCACGGGUCCUGCGGGUGGGUCCGGGUCCGGGAGAGUGGGUGGUGGCGUGCAAGGCCGGCGGUCUGUUCGUACACCGGAACCAGUGGGACUGGUCCCUCCCGCCCAGCGAGCGCGUCUACGCCGCCCAGCUCCUCCAGGACCACGUCGACCAGCUCCUCGCCACCUCCCACUGGGGCACCACCCCUGUGGAGGAGGGGCAGGGCAAGGUGCAUCUGGUGCACAGGUUGGACAAGCCGGCGUCGGGCUGCCUCCUGGCCGCGCUCUCCGCACCCCCAUGUGCGGGGCACGACGCCGAGCGCUGA